CUAACCGGAAACUUGCCGUCUCACCUUCUACCGCCCGGGAAGUUGCCGCAUGGCGAAGUCUACUACAUCUACCGGCCUUGGCAAGACCCUAAGCAUUACAAUAAAACGACAUAUCACAAUACAAGAGAGACUUGUGUGUUUCAGUAAACUCGCAGUUCCAUUACGGUGAUUCAUUGGCUCGGCUUCUGUCUACCUCGUUUUCUACUUUUCCGUUCACACAACAUGGCUCGAUCUGCGAAUUCCGCCUCCGUCUCAUUUGGCUUUGUGGGCCUUGGGAAUAUGGGAAGCGUGAUGAGCCAAAACCUAGCGGGCUAUGCUCAGAAGGAAGGGUUUCCAAAGGUCAAGAUAUGGAAUCGUUCUCGCGGCAAAGCAGAGCAGCUCGCUAGAGAAGGAUUCUUCGAAGUAUCAGACACAUUGGAAGACUUGGGAAAGAGCUGCGAUAUCAUUCAUGCUUGCCUCGCGAAUGACGAAGUUGCGCUUUCGGUCUAUCGACAGAUUUUAGACGCCGCGAAAUCAGGAGUUAUCCUUGCCGACCAUUCAACAUUGUUUCCUGACACAUCUACAACGCUACGUGCCGAAGCUGUAGCGAAAGGGUCAAGCUUCCUCUCUUGUCCGGUCUUCGGUCCACCCGCUGCUGCCAAAAGCGCAAAUCUUCUAGUUGUACUAUCUGGAGAUGAGAAGUCCAGAGCAACGUUGAAGAAGUACGUUGUGCCAACACUAGGAAGAGCGAUCAUCGACUGCGGCGACGAUACCAGAAAAGGAGCACUUCUGAAGAUCCUCGGAAACAGUUGCAUCCUAGGCACAAUCGAACUCUUGUCAGAAAGCUUUACUCUAGCCGAGAAGACGGGAUUCGAUGCUGAAUUGUUCUACGAGUUCAUACAGCAAUGGUUCCCCGCUCCAGCAUGGAUUAACUAUGGCAAAAAGAUCCGCGACGGGGCUUUCAGUGGUAAUACUGGCUUUACCAUACCUGGCGGGAUGAAGGACGCAUCGUACAUUCGGCGAUUGGGUGUUGAAACAUCAACUCCGACGCCUACUAUUGACCAGGCGUGGAGCCAUCUCUCCACUGCAAAGGCAAUUGGGGGUGAGGGUCUCGACUGGAGCUCAUGUUCGGCUGGGAUGCGUGUCACGGCUGGUUUGCCGCCGUUUAAGGGCGAAGAUUUCACGUUGGCUAAGAAAUAGAGGAUAACCACACAGCUCCUUUUUACUAUUCUCUUCAGAACCGCCGAACUAGAUACGCCACGGUCAACCAUACACAACAGGACUAGAAUUAUUAUUAGAAUGUAUUCAAUCAUAGUUUCCAAUUGAAUUGAUGAAUUGAUAA